AGGAAAAACCUUAGAUAUAUAUGUGUUUUCUUUGAAAGUAUUUUCAAAUCAACAGUGAGAAGUGAUAGAACAUGACUGACGUAUCAGACCAUCGAGUUUCGAGAAUGUUUCGAUUGAAACAUGGUCUCAGUUCAACAGAUCAAAUAAGUCAAUAUCUGGAAGAAUCGGAGCCUCAGCCACUGACAUAUCAGAGAUCACCACCGAGGAGGACAGGCUCAUUGCGCCUUUUCCGAAAAUCAUCGGGCUUAUCUACCAAUGGCGAUCGUUCUUCCAAGAUUAUCAGCAAUAUUUUCAACCGCUCAAAAUCAAGUGUGGAGCGAGAAUCGAUGUAUCUUCAGCCCAAUGACCUGAAAACUUGGGUUACUGGAUUCCAAUUAAAUACCCCGUUUAUUCAACCACAAUUACCCGUUACAUUAGAAAGUUUUGCCGAUUCCGACGAUGAGACAUCAGAUGAUGAAGUAGAUAUCAAUUCAAUACUAUUGGAUGUAAAAACCACGAACUACAUAUCGCUAUUCCAAGAACUGUUUGACGAUGGAAAUUACACCACUAUAUAUAAAACCACUUCAAAAAUACUGGGAGAUCCAUUAUUACAUACUCUCAGUUCAAUAGAAGAAAGAAGUCAAUCAAAACCUCAAUUGUCCAUAGAUACUACAUUACAAAAACAACCACAACAAGUACCGGACAUGGAGUCAUACUCUAUGGGAAUGAGCGCGCCUUCGUCCAACUUUUAUUCUAUCCUGCCACAAACAUUCGAUAGUCAAGACAAUUAUCCCGAACCAAGUAUUCGCCUAGAAGAUAAAGAUUUGAGUCCCUGUGAAGAAACCACUAGGGAAUACUUCAAGAUGAAACAACUACCAAGUCCACAUAGAGCUGAAAACAUAGACAAACUAAAGAAUAGCAAAGUGAUACCCGAAGUGGCACAAUACAAACCACAAUUUGCUUCACCGCCCGUCCCAUCAUGUACUAGUGUCAGUUACUCCGACAAGACCGUGAUAUCUGACCCCAUAUCGAAAUCAGCCACUUUUGAAAGAAGCACACCUGAUUCAUCUCAAGAAGAUAUCACUUUGAAAAAGAAAGAGAACCACGAUUUAAAGAGCAGCAGUAUCAUGCUCGUCGCUAAGGAGAUAUCUGACGAGCGACAAUCUAAACUGAAAAUCAUUAAAUGGUUUCUGAAAGUACUAAAAACAAAACAAUCAAAGGGUCACACGGCGAUUAUCGCUCAUUGAUUGGAAUUUCCCCUGGCUUGGGAAACGAGUAUAUGUGUAUUAUAUGAAAAAUUUCUGCAUGAAAGAUAAUUGCUUUCUUGCUUUGUGUAUUUAUUUGCUUUAGUUUAUAGGUCCAACUCUAAUGACUGUAUUAAUAAAACGGUUAACCCUCGGUUAAUCAGAUUGGUUUACGAGAAAUGGGCAAAUAGUAAGUUUUAUAGUUGCUGCCGAAGUUUGAUUCUAUUGCUUAUGGUUGCAAAAUCGGCACAACCAGUAAAUUUCUAUUUUCUACACCUGACAUUUGCCUUCUUAACAAUAUAAUUGAUUCAGAUGACUCACCCUUGAAUUAUCAUUACU